AUGAAAAUAAACCAAGGAAUUUUCUUCGACACUUCUUCAAUUUGCGCGGUUUUCAUUAAUGUUUUACUUAUAACACUGAUAUUCAAGAGGUCUCCAAAAUUGCUGGGAUCUUACAAAUCCCUUAUGAUAUACAUCAAUGUUUUUGAGUUGACUUAUGCAAUCUUGUAUUUUGCGGAGAAGCCGAAUCCGUUCACAAAGAAGUCUGCAUUUUUCUUGAUCGUGAAUUGGAAAGAAUCCAUUUUUCCAAAGCCUAUUUCUUGUUUGCUGAACCUACUUUUCGUGGGGUUCUACGGAACAACCAUCGCCAUUUUGGCCCUUCAUUUUGUCUACCGUUUUCUUAGUGUAACAUGCAACAAACUGCUCAACUCAUUCAACUCGUGGAAAAUAAUACUUUGGUUUGCGUUGCCGCUUUUGAAUGGGACUAUGUUCAUGUUGAUUGGAAGCUUUGUAAUGUGCUCUAGCCCGGAAUCUGAUCGAUUUAUGAAGGAAAACUAUCAAGCCGUCAGGGAAAAUACUACCAGUUUUGAAGAUCUUUACUAUUUGGGGCCUUUUUUAUGGCCAAAACUUGGCAACUCAUCCACGGAGCAGUAUUUCAGUUGGAAAGAUGCAAUUGGGGGUAUGGCGAUAACUGGAGCAAUUGGCCUAUCUUGCUUCUUAAUGCUCUACUUGGGCCUACGCUGCUACCGAUGUAUAAACGCCACAAUAUCAACUGCUAGCAGCUCUUCUCACCUGAAAACAAUCCAAAAACAGCUACUGAAUGCGCUCGUUUUUCAAUCGCUAAUUCCUGUAUUGCUACUGCAUAUUCCUGCCUCUAUAAUUUUUGUAACAAUAUUUCUGGGCAAAUCGACGGAGGCAAUUGGGGAAACUGUGAGCUUGACAGUCGCGUGGUAUCCGGCUCUCAACCCACUUCCUGCUCUAUUUAUUAUAAAGAGUUAUCGUGAUACAAUCGGAGGUUUUCUUGUUGCUCUUCUUCGUCGGGUUGUUCCAAGAACAAAUGUGGUUGCUACCUAUGAGCAUCCUUCUCCAGGGUCACCAGCAAUCAGGGAAACUACUGUGAAUAAUUUAAAUAAGAUAACAUUGACCUAA